AUGGUAAACACAAAGAAAACCCCAGUACAGAAGUGUCCCAUGUGUGCACAUAAGACGGCGGAUAGAGAGGAGAUGAGGACACACCUGAUGAAUUGUGGACUGGCCACUAUGGAGAAGAACACCUUGCGUUGUGAGCAGUGUGACUUCAUUACGACAAGGAAGGCGUACCUGAAACGUCAUCAAAAGAGGCAUGAGGCGGUUACGGGACAAGGCAGUUCCCAGCGUGCUGGCGAUGAGGAAGCAGCUGGAACGUCCGUUGAUGACUGGCAGCAUCAAGACCCAGGGGACUUGAUUGUUUCCAGCUCCGAAGAUGAGGAUAUCGAGUCCUCUGACAGUGAAGUUGUCGAGAAAGACAAUGAGGAACUGCUAUCUGGAAGGAUCGUUAGAAAGAGAACGCAGCCUUCCCUGCCAAUCUCUUUGAAACGUCCACGGACGACUGGGGCAGCCCCAGAUCAAGCAGAGAAGCUCCACCCUAAAGACAUUAGGAACACGAUACCCCAUGCGGUUACGGUUGCCAGUACCUCCAGAGUAAGGCAGGCACCGUUGAUGAAGACAGUGGCCGUACAAACCCUUCCUGUGCAGUCGAGGCGUACCGUCACCAAAACGCCGAGAUACCCCGAGGGGGAGAAGUCCAUUGAGAUCGUCGAGUUCGAUGAAGUUCUCAAUCUGUGUACUUGUUGUUCGAGGAGCCACCAGACAUCGAACCGUAGGGCAAACAAAGUCUCAACUCCGAACAACCAGGCAUCGAACCGUAGGACAAACAAAGUCUCAUCUCCGAACAGCCAGAUAUCGAACCGUAGGGCAAACAAAGUAUCAACUCCAAACAACCAGACAUUUAACCGUAGGGCAAACAAAGUCUCGACUCCGAACAGCCGGACAUCGAACCGUAGGGCAAACAAAGUCUCAACUCCGAACAACCAGACGUCCAACCGUAGGGCAAACAAAGUCUUAACUCCGAACAGCCAGACAUCGAACCGUAGGGGAAACAAAGUCUCAAUUCCGAACAGCCGGAUAUCGAACCGUAGGGCGAACAAAGUCUCAACUCCGAACAACCAGACGUCCAACCGUAGGGGAAACAAAGUCUCGACUCCGAACAGCCGGACAUCGAACCGUAGGGCAAACAAAGUCUCAACUCCGAACAGCCAGACAUCGAACCGUAGGGCAAACAAAGUCUCAACUCCGAACAACCAGACAUCGAACCGUAGGACAAACAAAGUCUCAACUCCGAACAGACAGACAUCGAACUGUAGGGCAAACAAAGCCUCAACACGGAAUAGCCAGACAUCGAACCGUAGGGCAAACAAUGUCUCAACUCCGAACAGCCAGACGUCGAACCAUAGGGCAAACAAAGUCUCAACUCCGAACAACCAGACAUCGAACCGUAGGGAAAACAAAGUCUCAAUUCCGAACAGUCAGACGUCGAACCGUAGGGCAAACAAAGUCUCAACUCCGAACAACCAGACGUCGAACCGUAGGGCAAACAAAGUCUCAACUCCAAACAGCCAGACGUCGCCCCGUAGGGCAAACAAAGUCUCAACUCCGAACAACCAGACGUCGAACCUUAGGGCAAACAAAGUCUCAACUCCGAACAGCCAGACGUCGAACCGUAGGGCAAACAAGGUCUCAACUCCGAACAACCAGGCAUCUGACCGUAGGGCAAACAAAUUCUCAACUCCGAACAACCAGACAUCGAACCGUAGGGCAAACAAAGUCUCGACUCCGAACAGCCAGCCAUCGAACCGUAGGGCAAACAAAGUCUCGACUCCGAACAGCCAGACGUCCAACCGUAGGGCAAACAAAGUCUCAACUCCGAACAACCAAGUAUCUGACCGUAGGGCAAACAAAUUCUCAACUCCGAACAACCAGCCACUGACCGUAGGGCAAACAAAGUCUCGACUCCGAACAGCCGGACAUCGAACCACAUCGAACCGUAGGGCAAACAAAGGAUCAACUCCGAACAGCCAGAUAUCGAACCGUAGGGCAAACAAAGUAUCAACUCCGAACAACCAGACAUCGAACCGUAGGGCAAACAAAGUAUCAACUCCGAACAGCCAGACAUCGAACCGUAGGGCAAACAAAGUCUCAACUCCUAACAGCCAGACGUCUAACCGUAGGGGAAACAAAGUCUCAACUCCGAACAGCCAGACGUCGAACCGUAGGGCAAACAAAGUCUCAACUCCGAACAGCCAGAUAUCGAACCGGAGGGCAAACAAAGUAUCAACUCCGAACAACCAGACAUCGAACCGCAGGGCAAACAAAUUAACAACUCCGAACAGCCGGACAUCGAACCGUAGGGCAAACAAAGUCUCGACUCCGAACAGCCGGACAUCGAACCGUAGGGCAAACAAAGUCUCGACUCCGAACAGCCAGACGUCGAACCGUAGGGGAAACAAAGUCUCAACUCCGAACAGCCAGAUAUCGAACCGUAGGGCAAACAAAGUAUCACCUCCGAACAACCAGACAUUGAACCGUAGGGCAAACAAAGUCUCAACUCCAAACAACCAGAUGUUCAACCGUAGGGCAAACAAAGUCUCAACUCCUAACAGACAGACGUCUAACCGUAGGGGAAACAAAGUCUCAGCUCCGAACAGCCAGACGUCGAACCGUAGGGCAAACAAAGCAUCAACACGGAACAGCCAGACAUCGAACCAUAGGGCAAACAAAGUCUCAACUCCGAACAGCCAGACUUCGAACCGUAGGGCAAACAAAGUCUCGACUCCGAACAGCCAGACGUCGAACCGUAGGGGAAACAAAGUCUCAACUCCUAACAGCCAGACGUCGAACCGUAGGGGAAACAAAGUCUCAACUCCGAACAGUCAGACGUCGAACCGUAGGGCAAACAAAGUCUCAACCCCUAACAGCCAGACGUCUAACCGUAGGGGAAACAUAGUCUCAACUCCGAACAGCCAGACGUCGAACCGUAGGGGAAACAAAGUCUCAACUCCGAACAACCAGACGUCGAACCGUAGGGCAAACAAAGUCUCAAAUCCGAACACCCAGACAUCGAACCGUAGGGCAAACAAAGUACCAACUCCGAACAACCAGCCAUUGAACCGUAGGGCAAACAAAGUCUCGACUCCGAACAGCCAGACAUCGAGCCGUAGGGCAAACAAAGUCUCAACUCCGAACAGCCAGACAUCGAGCCGUAGGGCAAACAAAGCAUCAACUCCAAACAACCAGAUGUUCAACCGUAGGGCAAACAAAGUCUCAACUCCGAACAACCAGACAUCGAACCGUAGGGCAAACAAAUUAACAACUCCGAACAGCCGGACAUCGAACCGUAGGGCAAACAAAGUCUCAACUCCGAACAACCAGACGUCCAACCGUAGGGCAAACAAAGUCUCAACUCCGAACAACCAGACUCUUACAAGCGUUUGA